CACAAGCAAGAUGUGUGUACUUGUCAUCUGACAGGGAAUGGGGCACUGAGAGAGACGGUUGAGCGGAGGAUUGCGCUAGUUGGGAAGACGGGAGUAGGGAAGAGUGCAGCAGGAAACACCAUCCUGGGGACAGAGGCUUUCGAGUCUGAACUGAGUUCAGAGUGUAAAAAAGCCAAAGGAGAGGUGGGAGGGCGAAGGGUUGCAGUUAUCGAUACUCCAGGCCUCUUUGACACAUACUGUAUUAUACCAAAGAAUAAGUGCAUCUCCCUCACAGGAGGCUGCUGAGGGGAGGACGGCUCAUAAGAAUGGCUGGAACGAAGCGAAUGGAAUGGCAUCAAACACCUGGAAACCAUGUGUUUGAUGUAAUUGAUACCAUUCCACUAAUUCCGCUUCAGCCAUUGCCACGAGCCUGUCCUCCCCAAUUAAGGUGCCACCAACCUCCUGUGAUCUCCCUGUCUUCUCCUGGUCCUCAUGUGUUCUUGUUGGUGAUCCAACUGGGCAGGUUCACAGAGGAAGAAAAGGAAUCAGCGUGACUCAGUUUGUAGAGCAUUGCACUUGCAACGCCAGGGUUGUGGGUUCGAUUCCAACGGGGGACCAGUACGAACAAAUAUGAAAAUGUAUGCACUCACUACUGUAAAUUGCUAUGGAUAAGAGUGUCUAGUGAAAAAGAUAAUUGAGACAACAUUUGUUGAAGAGUCAACAUAUACAAUGUUGCUUUUCACUUAUGGAGACAGGCUCAAGGGACAACCAAUUGAGGAAUUUGUGGCGAAGAGCCCAGACCCUCAAAACCUAAUUCAGAAAUGCCAAGGGUGAUAUCAUGUGUUUAACAAUUAAGUUUAGAGUCCCUCAAAGACCAUUGAGCUUCUUGACAAAAUUGACAGGGUGGCCAUGGAUAAUGGAGGAGGGUACUACACCAAUGAGAUGUACCAGAGAGCAGAGGAGGCUACCGAAAGGAAGGAACAGAGA